CUCUUCGCUUUUCUGAAAACACAAUUUUUGUGUCAAUUUGAAGUCUCUUUGACUCUUCUUCCUUUGCUCCUUUUUUCACAGCCGCAACCGUUUUAAAACCUCUUCAUAUAGAUUCCCAGAAGAAGACGAAAACCAAAACAAAAACAGAAACAGAGAGAGAGAUUGGUGAACCGUGUACGCUUCGUCGUCAGUGAUGCGGAGACGAAAGAUAUCACCGGAACAUCUUUGCCCUCGAUUACAGACUCAUCGGCGACGGCUACUUUAGCACACCAUAUCCUCUUCUGGGUCGUCUUCUUCUUCCUUGGGAUUUCUUCUUUGCUGCUGAUCAUACAAGCAAAUCUCCUUUCUUUGGUUCUCUCUCUCUCUCUCUCACAGGGGCGUGCAAUGCAAAGGUCGUGUAGAACUACUAGAACUAGAAGAAGAGUUUCUGAUAGUAGUUCUAAUGGAAGGAACAGUUUUUACAAAGUCUCUCUGUCUCUUGUUUUUCUCCUUUGGGUUCUUUCUUUCUUAUCCACCUUGUGGAUUAGUCAUGGAGAUGGUGGCAAAGAUGCGCCUUUGACUGACUCUGUAGGAAAAGUUAAUCUGGAUGAUGGUCAAUCAGAUGCGAAAGAUGUGCCCUUUGAUGCAUCAACAUUACUAGAGCCUGUUCAUGAUAUAUCUGACUUGAGUCCGAGGGAUGAUACAACCCCGUCUGAAGAAAGUGAAGACAAAGAAAAAUCUGUGAAAGAAGCAGAGAUCAAUAGCACAGUCUCAGGGAAUGAUAUAGAAAUCACGGACAGUUUCAUUUCAAAGCAAAGUGAGAUAAACAAGCUAGAUACAGGGAAUGAUGGAGAAAGCAAAGAGACUGACUUUUCGAAGCAAAGUGAGAUAAACAAGAUAGAUACAAGGAAUGAUGGAGAAAGCAAAGAGACUGGCUUUUCGAAGCAAAGUGAGAUGAACAAUACAGGUAUGUGGAAUGAUACACAAGGUAAAGAAGAUAAAAUUCAAAUGAGCAAGACUGGCACAAAGAAUGAUACAGAAAACAAAGACAGUGAGUUUUUGAAGCAAAAUCAGAUGAACAAAACAGACUCAGGGAAUGAUACCGAGAUCAAGGCUUCAAAGAUUGAUCAACCAUCUCGAGCUGUUCCGCUUGGCCUUGAUGAGUUCAAGAGCAGAGCGUCCAAUUCUAGAAACAAAUCAUUAUCAGAUCAGGUCAGCGGUGUGAUUCACAGGAUGGAGCCUGGAGGGAAAGAGUACAAUUAUGCAUCUGCUUCAAAAGGGGCAAAGGUCCUGUCUUCCAACAAGGAAGCAAAAGGGGCUGCAAGCAUCCUAAGCCGGGAUAGUGACAAGUAUCUCAGAAAUCCAUGUACUACUGAAGGUAAAUUUGUUGUCGUAGAACUUUCAGAAGAAACGCUGGUAAAUACCAUCAAGAUCGCAAAUUUCGAGCAUUACUCUUCCAAUCUGAAAGAGUUUGAGCUUCAAGGCACCUUGGUUUAUCCUACUGAUACAUGGGUUCAUAUGGGGAACUUCACGGCUUCAAACGUGAAGCAUGAGCAGAACUUCACACUGCUUGAGCCAAAGUGGGUGAGAUACUUAAAGCUAAAUUUCCUAAGUCAUUAUGGUUCAGAAUUCUACUGCACCUUGAGUUUAAUAGAAGUAUACGGAGUGGAUGCCGUAGAACGAAUGCUGGAGGAUUUGAUAUCUGUAGAAGUCAACAAAAACGCAUUCAAAGCCCGAGAGGGAAAUUUUGAGCAAAAGGAGAAGCCAGUGCAGCAAUCAGAGUCCAGUGAAGGCGAUGCUGGUGCUGAUAGGAGCACGCAGAAAGAGAACGAGCGGGAAGCCCCAGAGGAGAAUAUGUUAGCGAAGACUGAAGCAUCAAUGGCAAAGAGUAGUAAUAAGCUGGCAGAGCCCGUGGAAGAGAUGAGGCAUCAUCAGCCAGGAAGCAGAAUGCCAGGGGACACAGUGCUAAAGAUACUGAUGCAGAAGUUAAGGUCAUUAGACUUAAACCUAUCGGUUCUAGAGAGAUACUUAGAGGAACUGAACACAAGAUACGGGAACAUAUUCAAGGAGAUGGACCGUGAAGCCGGUGUGAGAGAACAUGCAAUUGUGACUUUGAGACAUGACUUGGAAGGUAUGAAGGAAAGGCAAGAGAGGAUGGUGAGUGAAGGAGAGGAAAUGAAAGAGUGGCGAAAGAGAGUGGAAGCAGAGAUGGAGAGAGCUGAGAAAGAGAAGGAAAACAUGAGAGAAAGGCUCGAGCAAGUUUGGCAAAGACUUGAGUGGAUGGAGAAGAAAGGGUUGAUGGUGUUCACCGUGUGUCUUGGGUUUGGGACUAUCGCUGUCAUUGCAGUUGUGGUCAGUAUGGGAACAGGUCGAGCAGAGAAGACUGGUGGUGGGGCUUGGAUCUUGUUAUUGAUUAGCUCAGGAUUCAUUAUGUUCGUUUUGUCUCUUUGAUGAGAGUUUUGGUCUUUUUUUCUUUUCUUUUUUUUACACUCUAGAGAGCCAUAUGUUACUGAUAUAGGUGAUUUGGAUAGAUACUGUUGCGACUCAAUCUUGAACCGGUAUUGAAACUGGAAACA